AUGGUGGAAGAUGAAAGUAGGACUAGUGGGGAAAAGGAGUUAGAAGCUGAGGGAGAAAAAGAAAAGGAGGAAGAUCAGAUGAGGGAGAAAAAAAUAAGGAAGGAAGCACCAUAUCCCUUGGUGCCAUCUAGGAAGGACAAGGAACGACACUUUGCUCGUUUCCUUGAUAUCUUCAAGAAAUUGGAGAUAACUAUCCCAUUUGGAGAAGCCUUGCACCAGAUGCCACUCUACUCCAAAUUUCUUAAAGAUCUGCUGACCAAGAAGGGCAAAUAUAUGCACAACGGUAAUAUUCUGGUGGAGGGAAAUUGUAGUGCUGUUAUUCAGAGGAUACUUCCUCCAAAAUACAAGGAUCCAGGGAGUGUCACAAUCCCUUGCUUAAUUGGUGCUGUGUCAGUUGGAAAAGCCCUUAUUGACUUAGGGGCUAGCAUUAAUUUGAUGCCUCUAUCCAUGUGCAGAAGGAUUGGAGAGCUGGAAAUCAUGCCAACAAGAAUGACAUUUUAG